CAUGAAUGAAGAACAGAAUUGCACAUGGCCGACAAUGACUUGCAUGCGCGCAAUCAGUCCAUAAUGUUGAGCCAAAGAACUAAAUGAUUUGCUUAAGAAAAUGACGGAGUGGAAAGAACUGCAAGAGGAAGAGUUGGAAGUUUUGGAUUCUAUUUAUGAUGGAGAUGAAAAUUUCAAAAAAAUUUCUUCAAGCUCUUUCCGAUAUAAGUUUGGAGCAGACGAUGAUCCCAGAUCUUUUCUACUGGAGAUUUGCUGGAUUGAUGGGUAUCCCAAUGUUCCUCCAAAGAUAAAUUUAGAUGCCUUUUACAACAAUAAAUUGUUACCAGAUGUGAAAAAAUCAAUUGUUGAUGCUAUUUUGAAAGAAGCUGAGAUGCAUAUUGGGAUGCCUAUGACUUAUACCCUCAUUGAAUGGGUCAAAGACUGCUCUGAAAAGUUGGCUGAAUCUCAGCCAGAAAAACCUGUUUCUCCAGAAAAUACCUCUCCACCAGAAGAAAAAAUGAUUCAAGAAGAAAUGGUCUCCUCGAGUGUCAAGAAGGAGAAAAAGCCAAAGCUGAGCAAGCAACAGAAGAGGAAGUUGGCCGAGAAGCUGGACGCGAGAGGGGAACGGCCAAGGGGUUGGGACUGGGUGGAUGUGGUCAAACACCUCAGUCAGCUAGGCUCGAAACAGGCCGAUGUGCCGCCCUCUUUUUCAUAACAGAGGGCCACUCUUCUGUAAUUUAAUUUAUUGUAUUUUAAAUAAAAAUCUAUUCUGAUGCA